UUACGGUUGUUAUGGUCCGAGUUGCCGGUGGAAAGAAAAAAAGCUGACUCAAAUGCGGUGCCCACCAUACACGCGCAGCCACCUAAAUUCCCCAAGACACGAAGAAAGAGGACAAAGACUGCCACUGAUGAGACCACCUCACCAUCCCAGGCAAAGCAAAGGAGGGUAGUUGCUAAGCUGGAAAUGGCCAGUUGCCCCGCAGACGUUACUGAAGAUCUUCACCCUGAGAAGUACAAUCCCCUCCACUUUAAACAGGAGGAGGAGUUGAAGAUGUUCUACAUCAAACAGGAAGUGGAGCCAGACACCCCCUACAUUAAAGAAGAAGAACAGGAAGACGAAAUCCCCAAGUUUCCAGUGACCGUCAGUGUGAAGAGUGAAGAAAAUGAAGGUCCAAGCGAAGAGGGCGGAGCAGCGAAACCUUCGUGCGACAGCCGCUUUCAACACCCGGCAACAAAAGAAGAGGGACGAUCGCAACCCGAAGGCCUCUUAGCUCCGCUUUCGGACAACGAAGACGCUACGUCACACUCUUCUGACUUUAACACUGAUGAGGAGGAGGAAGACUUUGACCAAAAUGCUUCAAAAUCCUUAAACAGGCCAUCAUUUAAGAGAGACUCAAAAGAAUGUGCGGAUUGGAAUUUGUUUGCCUGCACACUUUGCGACAAAGAAUUUCCUCGGAAGGGUCAUUUAGAAAACCAUAAGCGUACACACACUGGAGAAAAGCCUUUUGUCUGCACAUAUUGUGGUAAAAGAUUCAACGAAAAGGGAAAUUUAAACAAACAUGCAAGAACACAUUCUGGAGAGAAGCCUUUUGCCUGCACUCUUUGCAACAAAGGAUUUUCUCAGAAGCAUCUGUUAGCAAACCACGCGCGUACACACACUGGAGAAAAGCCUUUCACCUGCUCACUUUGCGAUAAAAGAUUUUCUCAGAAGAACAAUUUAAACAGACACGCAAGAAUACAUAGUGGAGAAAAGCCUUUUGUCUGCACAUGUUGUGGUGAAAGAUUCUGUCAGAAGAGAUCUUUAAACAGACACGUAAGAACACACACUGGAGAGAAACCUUUCUCACUUUGUGGUAAAAGAUCCAGUCAGAAUGGAAAUUCAGUAAAACGCAAGAAGCCACAAUGAGGAAUAACUUGAAUUGCAGUGUUUGACAAGAGAUUCAAAUUCCUGUCACACACAGUGGAAAAAAAAAACAUUUUAAUUUUCUUAUUCAGUUUCCCUUGAGCCUCUUUUGAAAAUGUUGUUGAAAUGAUUUUGCAGGCCCUGGUCAUUUUCACAACUAUCCAAUAUUCUUGAUUUUAUUUUUUUAAUCGAAUGAAUUAGGUUUAGUUUAGGUUACUUGAUAUCAAACUUGAUCUUCUGUUUUAUGACUUUUCUGCUAUUUUGAUUAACUCAGAUUUGGCUUUUGUCUCAUCUGUUAAUUUUGUAAACUCAAAGUGACCUUGAGUGUCUUGAAAGGUGCUUUGAAAUAGAAUUUAUUACACUGGUCAACAGUCAAAUUUGCGCAUUAAAUAUUUAUAUAUUUGUAGCUUAACUGAGGUUUUUGAAUGCAUUGUAAGUGUCAGAGUAUGGAAAUGGGCUGUAGUUCAUACAGUUUAAAUGUUCUCAAUAAUAAUAUUUUAGAAAUAUCUGUAUGGUAUUUUUCCUUUAGGACACAAAAGGCUGAAAUAGCCAAGAACAAUUUAUUUCAAUAAUAGGCCCGUGUUAUUUUUUGAAAAACUUUGAUGCUGUGCUUCCCUUUGUUUAUUGCUCGUUCAGGUUCUAAACUUUUUAUUUUGAAUGGUUUCGGGGAAGAUGUCUUUAUUAGUCUUGUGCAUUGUAUUAUUUUCCACUUUGAUUCAUUAUACAAUGACUUGAAUUUUUUUUAAUUACUAUUCAUUUUCCCCCAUUAUUCCUCGAUUGUGAAGCACUUUUAGAGCUCAUCUCUAAUCGAUCUAAAAAAAUCAACUUUAGAAUGUCACUUGGGGACAUAGCCAAUGUGUAGUGUUUGUAUUUUUAAUUUAUUUAGUUUUUAUUACCAUUGUAUUAAUUUAACAAUUCAUUUAUAGCAGAAAAUUGAAAAAAUAAAAAAAAUGCAUGAAGCACUUCUAUUUUUCAUUUAUUAAAGUCAAGUGACACAAGCUGCUUUAGUAGAGGCUUUUUGCCAAAAGCGACCUCUCCUGGCCGUUCUUUGCACCUCGAUGUUGUUUUUCCUUGCAUUUUUCUUUUUUUCAUAUGUUUGGAAUAAUUAGUGCUCAUGGCUAGCGACUUAGCGAGUCAAGCUAAACCAAGUGAGCCUUAGAAAUCGAAUGCUUUAAAAUGAAGCGAGUUCAUUGUUAUGGUCAUUGAUGGAAGAAGUUCAGCAGAAGCAGUAGGCUACAGUAAAAGUUGGAUAAAGACCGAACUUUCAAAGAUUGACAAAGUUCUCAACCUUCAAAACUGAGUCAUUGAUAGUUAUGACUCAAACUGCGGUUUGUUUACUAUAUUUAUUGAAUAGUUUGGAGUCGAGUGAUGUGAAGUAGUUUUAGUGAUACACGGAGUUUAAGAGGGGGCCAGGCCCCCCUUGUGGCAGAAAAGUGUCAUUGCAUUUCCUAUAUAUUGACUUUCAUAUAUAUAUAAGUUGUAAAGCAAUAAAACAACAAAAAUGAAUGAAAUGAACAAAAAAAGAUAUUUUAAUAAUGGGU